UUAAAAAGGAAAAGAAGAAAAAUAAAAGAAAGAUGUGGAGAGAGACUCCUGGGUCUGGGGGAAGCGGGCAUGUGGAUGAGUGGGGACACACCAGGACUCAUCAAUUAAACCCUCCUUGAAAUGAUUUUGUGACAAAAGAGAAAGGAAAAGGAAACCCUCUCCUAUUGUCUUUUAUUUUUCUCUCUAUCUUUCACUGCUUAAUGUCUUUUAAUUGCUACAGAAUUGCAUUUUGUUUUUGGGGGCGGUGUAUGAAAAAGGAAAAACCAAAAGUAUAAGCUUUGAGCAGAGCUACCAACAAGUUUUCUAUAGAGCAUGGUGGCCUUGGCUAAGCCUUUGUUUUUGUUUCUCUUUGAAGAAGCAAAUGGCUUUUUUUCUGUUUCUUUCUUUCUUCCUUCUUCAGUAAAAAUGAAUCAUUGAAGAUGCCUAGACCAGGUCCAAGACCUUAUGUCUGUGAGAGAAGAGCUUGGCAUAGUGAUAGACACCAACCCAUGAGAGGUUCUCUCAUUCAAGAAAUUUUCAGAGUUGUUAAUGAGAUUCAUAGCUCAGCAACUAAGAAGAACAAAGAAUGGCAAGAGAAGCUCCCUGUUGUUGUCUUAAAAGCAGAAGAAAUCAUGUAUUCUAAAGCCAAUUCCGAGGCUGAGUACAUGGACAUUAAAAUCCUCUGGGAUCGAACCAAUGAUGCCAUUAACACGAUCAUUAGGCGUGAUGAGAGUACUGAAACUGGAGAGCUUAUCCAACCUUGUAUUGAAGCUGCUCUUAAUUUGGGCUGCACUGCAAGAAGAACUUUGAGGAGUCAACGCAAUUGCAGUUCGAGGUGUUACCUUAACCCGGUCACACAAAAAACAGAGAAUACUACUCAAGGAAAUUUCUUAACUAAUUCACACUGCAUGGCUAGUUAUUCCGGAUUCAUAAAACAUACAACCAUGAAUGUGGUACAUAUGGGCACUGAAGCUCAUAAACACAUUGCUCAGAAUGGUGACCGAGCCACCAACAAGAUCUCCUUUCCAUAUAAGAAUGAUUCUCUUCCGAGUAAUGUGGAGAAGCAUGCUCCAAGUAUGUAUUCAGUUUAUCCUCUUUUCUAUGGGAACCACCCUAAAGUUGAAGAACUGCAGCAUAGCUAUGGAAUCUCCACGAAGUCAAUUUCUAACACAGUAGAGCCCGCUAAGAUGGGUGUCAUUUGUGACAUCUUCUCUCCUGAUGUGGACUCUUCGAGUAAGAUGAACCAUACAGAUGUUAGAAAUACUUCUAACAAUCCACAUGAAAUUACCUGUGAUCUAUCGUUGCGUUUGGGCCCUCUUUCAACACCUUGCCCGAGUACUGGAAACAGUCCGCCCAAGGAAAUUGAAAACAGUGGUUCCACCUUUCUAGAGUGGAACAGGUUCAGUCAUCUGACAUCACCAAUUGACAAAAGUUUAUCUUCCUUUCCAAGGAGCAACCGAGAUGCCCCAUUGAACUCAUCUUCAAACAAAUGGAGCCUUGAAGGUGGACAUCUGAAUGUAGAUGCAACAUUGAGCAAGCGAAAGGCAGUUUAUGCUCCACCAGCCAAUCAGCAAUUUUGUUUGCCGUUAAAGCUUCCUUGCUGCUAUUUAACUGAAAGAAUGAAGCAUGUAGGAUCCUAGGCCGUCCUUUAAGACCAUUGAAACUGGUUUGGUAAGUAUGUGCUGCUGAAGCUCUUUUCCUUGUUUUGUCUUCAUUUUUGUAGUUAAAGUUAUAUGUUAAUGAGCAGUGUGUUAAAAUGUUGCAAAAAUGUAAGAGUUGCAAUAUUUGAAUGAGUUCAGUUGGAUGAGGGAAUCACCAACAAAAUGACCGAAGAGACUCUUGAACUAUGAC